UUGUAAAAAUGAAGCUUGAAUUUGAAAAUAAUAGGAAGAUAAUCUUAAAAUCGCGUGUUGUAUACUCAGCUGAAUGUUUACUAAAAGCACGUGUCUCAUGGGAAUGGCGCGCAGCGAACAUUAUGAACAGCCUGAAACGGCUGUAGCCAAUCAGAGUGCGACAUUCGCCUUUAAUAUAUUCAGUUGCCAGUCCAUUUCUUCCCACGUCCCUGGGUCGAUUGACAUAUAUCAGAGCCGUACUCUAGUCUGAUCGAUACUAGAGCAACAGACGACAGAGGACUUUAUGAAGGAGUGUAUUGCACUUUCUUCAUUACCAGAGAAAAAGGAAACGCGCCGUUUUGGUUGGAGUGGAAUGAAACGUCUUUUAACUACACUUUAGACGAUCUACAUGAAAUAUUAAGAAAUACAAGCAGUAUCAGCAAAGUCUUUACGAGCUGAAACGCGGCUUAUCUAAGAGAAAAUAUGCUAGUAGAUAGAAGAGCAAGUUGUGUCAACCAAUGCAAAGAAAAGCUUAUCAACGUUUUUAUCAAUGAAAACGUCGCCUUGAAAAAGACAGUUGAAGUACCAUUGAGGAAAACUCCUCGUAUUUGCAACAGUCGAAAAGAUAUCAUCAGUCAAGCAACAAAAGUGGAACUUCGCUCUCGCUUUGCAAGCAAAUCUAACACCGUGGAAUUAUAUCAGUUUGAUCCAAACUUUUUCUCUGUUGAAAACAUAUGGUGCAGAUAUCCUGGUUGUAAACAAAGCAGACUCAGACAGGUUGGAUCAAAGAAAGAAGAUCUUUAUCUUUGUCCAGGUCACAUGAGAGAUCUUGAAGAUAAACUGAUUAAGAUGUUUAAGUUAAAAGGUGUUGAUGUUCCCAUGGAUGAAAGCCAUGAAGAACUUAAAGAUUACACAUCACUGAUUGGUAUCCUAGAGAGAGCUUGUCAAUCACAUACCAUUAAAUCUGCAUUCAGCGAAAGAAGUCCAAUGAUCCGAGAAGUGUGCCUAAAUAUGCGAAAUGUGUUAAUCAUCAUAAAUGCUUUGUUAAAUCCUGAUCCUGACAACACUACCGUAUCCCUAAAAUUCAUUCUCCAGCUUGUUCUCAAAUUGCUGAAAGAUGAUAGCAUAAAUGAUGUAGAUUUAGAGAAGCUAGUUGCUCACCUUCGCGCCGUCAUCGAAGAAAUUUUUCAAGCAUUUGGUAUCAUCUACCUCUGGAUUGAAAGGAACAAGUUUGGCCUGAGUGCCGGAACUCGACUGGGAGUUGGUAUUGGUGGUUUUUUGGGGAUGGCUGGAAUCAUUGGAGGUCCUGUCACUUUUGGCAUAACUACAAUGGCAGGAGCCGUUUUUGGUGGGUUCAUAGGCAGUGGUUUAUACGAUCUCUUGGCCAAAGAAGAGCGUGACAAUUCUGUGGACGAAUUAAAUGAGAUAAUUCGUAGAUAUCAGGAAUUUGCUAAAACCAUGGAUAGUACCCAUAGUACUGCAGUGUACGUCGUAAGUGGACGAGAAGACGGCGAGUUAAAUUUUCAUGUUGUAUGUUAUUAGCCGCAAUUUCGCUUGAUGCAAACGACUCCGAGUGUAAUGGCACUAGGUGUAUUUGUUAUAGACUCUCCAGCAUGCUCUGCGGUCGUCCAUGAGUAUGGUGAGUGAAGAAUUCAAGAUUUGUAGUGAAAAAAUGAACGCCUACAGAAUAGCAUAAGUCACACAGGACAAAAUUGAGGAAUUCAUACUGUAUAUUACUUAUAUAAUGUAUCAUAUCAAAGAAUUGAUAGCAGUCAUAUAUGGUAAUCUUACCUUAUUUGGAAGUACGAUA